AUGGCAAAACAGAUAGUGCUAUUUACAUGUCCACCUCCAGAUGUAUCGCUUCGCCGAGUCAGAAUUUCGAAGCAAUCGAUGUGGGUCACGAAAUGUGCUGCCGUUUCUUCACCAUCAUUUUCUAUCUCAGCUCCUCUUCGCUACGCGUCGAUUUGCUGCAGCUCUCUCGCUACCGCUUCUAUCGAAUCCAAUGCCUCUUCGGCCAAAGUCUUCGUCAAGGGGCUACCGCUCUCAACCUCUGAAGGAAGACUAAUGAAGGUGUUUUCAGAGUUUGGCGAAGUUAAUCUAGUGCAGCUUCCUAUAGAUGAAGAAUCUGGACAGUCUUUAGGAUUUGCAUUUAUUUGGUUUGUAAAGGAAGAGUAUGCACAAGUGGCUGUGCAAGAGAUGAAUGGAAAGUUUUUUGAUGGCAGGUUUAUUUAUGUUGCAAUUGCAAAGCCUGGAUCAUCAAAAGAUUCGAAGAGGACAACAGCCUACAAAUUUUAA